AUGGAUGGGAUCAGGCCAUCCCGGUCGAGCCGGCCGUACCAGCGCACUUACAAGGCAUGCAUCCCUUGCCGGCAACGCAAGGCCAAAUGCGACCUAGGAUCAGGAACCGAAGGCCGGACCGAUGGCUUCCCGAUCGGUCCACCAUGUGUACGGUGCCGCAGGGAGCUGAGGGAGUGUGUGUUCCCUGAGAAGCGCGCGUGGGAGAGGUCCCGCAAACGAGCUCGAUCAUCUGCGGACUAUGAGACCGAUGCCUCUCCCCGGCAGGUCGGUCAUUUGAUGGCGAGCUCACCUGAGGGUGCUGCUUCUGUUCAGGUUCGAACUGACCAGUAUCCACCCACGGUCGACAGAGCCAAUUCGAAGCCACAGACGAACCACUUUCAACAUUCGCCUGGUUUCCAACCUGGAUGGUCUGUUCACCGUGGUCAAUCGCGGUCUCAAUAUGGCUCGUAUGAUCAUGGCGGGGCUAUGGAGCGGCCACGCGGUGAUCAAACUGAUCAAUCGCCCUCUGGUACAUAUGAAAACAACAAGCACCGGUCUAAUUCUUCGCUGUCAAACUCUAUGAUGCGGACUGUUGUUGCGAGCGGGAAUGAUGCAUUGAAUAUUCUGUUUGAGGCGGCAACUGCUCAAGAAGAUAACCCUGCCGAUACGAGUUCGGAAUCACUGGCUGGGCCUCCGUCGGCAGGGCCGAAUACUCAAGACCGAACGCCCAGGAAUUAUGAUGCUGCGUUUGACCCUGUGACCCGUGUUAUAUACCCUGUGCAGCUAUCUGAUGCCUCGCGGGAUACUCUCAAUGUCUGGGAGGCUUGUCGGUUUGUUAAGAUGGGUUGGUUUACUGCCAGGGAAGCUGUUACGUUUAUUGAUUUAUUCUUCAAGAACAUGUCAUGUCUAUCUCCAAUCCUAACGGACUUCUAUGCCAAUCAUCGAUAUCACUACUGGCUGAUUACCCGAGAGCCAGUCUUGUGCUGUACUAUACUCAUGAUAUCCUCUCGCUACCACGUACUCCCUGGAGCUGGGGGUGAAUCAAGAAACUUUUUCAUCCACCACCGACUCUGGCUACAUUGCCAGCAGUUGACGAUGAGGCUCAUCUUCGGACAGGAGAAAGCCACCAAGUCCAAAAUUCGAAGUCUUGGUACUGUGGAGGCACUACUGUUGAUGUCAGAAUGGCAUCCUCGCUCGCUUCAUUUUCCACCAGAUACAGAUGGCUGGGACGAUGACUUGAUCCCGCCAGCUCCUAAUACUCAUGAACAGAAUGAUCAACCUGCCAAUCGCUGGGUCGAAGAUAUGAUUGAGCCAGCACGCCGAUCUGAUCAGAUGUCCUGGAUGUUACUGGGAUGUGCUCUCUCUCUUGCACACGAGCUAGGCAUCUUCGAGACCGAGGAGAGUAGCUCGCCAGCAGAAGAGCCAGAAUGGCGAGAUCAAAUGACGCUUCGUUGGCAACGUGUACAGCGUCUGUUAUACGUUUACAUCAAUCAAUUAGCCUGGCGGAUCGGAUGCAUGUCUCCAAUCCCCCAGUCAUUGAAUCACGCUAUUCUUGGUGGACGAAAACCACAGGGACUAAGCCAGCCUGGCAGCACUUGGUUGACAUUUAUGGAUUCAUGGAUUGAAUUGACCAAGCUAGCUAAAUCUGUCACUGACAUGUUCUUUCCGUCUGCUGCAUUUGCUCGGCAACAACUGCAUAGCGGCCGUUAUGUCGGUCUACUAGAGCAUUUCCGGCCUCUCCUCAACCAAUGGAAAGACAGGUAUCUGCAGGUGGAAGUCCUUGACAAGGCAUUCUACAAUGAUCUGUUCAUCGAAUACCACUUCGUGCGGGUGUACACUCAUUCCGUGGGGAUGCAGGCAGUGGUAGAGCGAGCCGUGGCAGAAAACGAUCCCAACAAUUUCGACGAAGUGCGACCUAUGGCGAUCGACCCAACAGAUUACGAAUAUAUCCAAGAGGUGAUUGAGGGGUGUUGCCAGAUCUUGCAGAAAGUCACCCAUCUAGCCGAUGCAGGUGCACUGCGAUUCUCGCCGGUGCGGAUUGUCCUGCGUAUCACCAGUGCCUCGAUCUUCUUGAUGAAAGCGCUCAGUCUGGGUACUCGGCAUGCGAAGCUUCAAGAGUCGCUUCAGAUACUGGAGAAAAGUAUCAAAGCACUCAAGUCGAAUGCAUUGGAUGAUGUGCAUCUGAGCACUCGUUAUGCCACCCUGCUGGACAUGCACGUCUCGCGGUUACGGCGUAAUCUGCUGGCGUCAUCGAAGGCGAGGAAGAAUAGUCGAGGCAACACGCGACGGUCAUCUAUGGGCCCUCCUCCUUGGCCUGACGCAAGCGAUCGGUCCAAUACUAUGAACACCCCCGUAUCGCAGGACCUGACGUCCGAUCUGGGCUUCAUGCCGUCCAUGAACGAUGUCGGUGCUGAUGAUUGGCUGUCGCUGCCUUUUGAUCCUUCAAUGGCGCCUUUUGGUAUGAGCAAUGGAGGGCAAUUCCCGAUGUAUGAAGGUGGAGCGUUGGACUUUAUCUGGAAUCUGCCAUCGUAA